AUGGAUUUAUGUUAAUCCUGUUAAUUCCAGAGGGGGCAUUUUGAUAUCUUGGUCUUCUAGGAUCAUCAUUUUGCAAAUUAUUAGUUUUGAUUUUUGUGUCCAAGUCCAAUUCUGUUUUCAAGAAGAUGGGGCUAAACAUUGGGUUGUCUUUGUCUAUGCUAGCUCUAAUGCUUCAGAUAGGAACUUACAAUGGGAAGUUCUUCUGAGGCAUAGUCUGUCUUGGGGUGAAAUCUGGUGCAUCUGUGGUGAUUUUAAUGACAUCCUCUCUAAUGAGGAAAAGCAAGGGGGGGCCCUAAGAGAUGAUAGUAGCUUUUCUAACUUCAGAAACUUUGUUAAUGGUCUAGGAGUUAUAGAUAGUAAAUUUGUGGGGCAUCCUUAUAGAAGAAAGCAAGGGAAGAAUUUUAUAGAAGAAAGGCUAGAUAGGUUUCUCCUCUCCCCUGCAUGGUACUUAAAAUAUCCAAAUGGCCUUGUUAAGCACAUACAUGCAUCAUCUUCUGACCACAAUAUGCUUAUCUUGAAUACUCUUGGUACCUUUGAAAUCAGCCAGAAAAGGUUCACAUAUGAUAAAAGAUGGUUUAAUAUGCCUGGUUUUGCUGAGAUACUUGAAAAUGUAUGGAAAGAUUCAGUGACAAGGCAAGAUCUGUUCAGUCUAAAAGAAAGAAUAAAGAAUGUCAGAAAAACAUUGAUUGGUUGGAAAGCUUCUCAGAAAACUAACUCCCUGAAGGAAAUUGAAAGAUGCAAAGAGAGCCUAAGUCAGCUUGCUAUGAAAGGAGGAGACAGAGACUGGGCUGCUUGGCAUAAACUGACAUCAGAACUCAACCAGGCAUAUAAAAAUGAGGAGCUAUACUGGUCACAAAAGGCAAGAAUCAGCUGGUUGAAAGAGGGAGACAUGAAUUCUGCUUUCUUCCAUGCAAGUGUGCAAAAUAGAAGAAAAAUCAACUCACUGGACAGUCUUCUUAAAGCUGAUGGGAGUACAUGUGAAUCCACUCAAGAGACUUUGGAGGAGAUCACAGCAUAUUUUGAUAAUCUCUUCAAAACAUCUGCCCCUCAAGUGCAAAAGUGCAUCAAUAUUGCUAAAUCAUCCAUAUUCUUCUCCAAGAACACAUCUGAGGAAACCAUGGCUGGCAUCUGUCAAGUGUUUGCAGGUAUCUCUAGAGUGACAGCUACUAAAUACCUAGGUUUACCCCUGGGUAUUGGUAGAAAGAAAAAAGAAGU